GCGUGGACAGGAGGUGACGUCAGGAAUCGCGUCACAAACGUUCUCGCGAGAUUUGCCCCGCAGCACCCCCAUGUGGACGCGUGCGGGAAAGGCGACGGGCGGUAUGAGGACUACGCCGCUUGCUAGCUGUAGCAACAAACACAAACACGGACUCAAAUUCGUUUCCUCCCGCCGCUGGCUCCGCCGAGGUUCGGAGAGGACUUUAUUUCAGCUCCAAGCUUCCUUUUCUACGCUUCGAGUCCGCCGAGGGAAGCCGUAGGAAGAACCGAACCUCGCUGAGCGCCGGACAGAGCCCCCCCGCGGCCUGCUUCUCGUGCCUGCUUUCCGGUGUCGCUCCGGCGGACAGCGCUGUCACGAGAGCCCGAGGCUUCCGCUGCCCGGAGGUUUUCGGCCGCACCCGAAGCGGAGAAGUCGCAAUAUUGUUCCUUCCCGAACCUGAGCGCUCCGGGACCGACCGCGAGCUCGUCGGUGGCCGGGCGGCGCUCGUUCUGUCCGCGGGGGAGCUAUUUUGGCGACGCCGCGGCCUCCUGGUUUGUUGUGGGCCGCCAUGAAUCUCGGCGAACAAUAACAAGACGCGGAAGCCGAGCAGCCCCCCCCCCCCCCCCCCCUCCACAGACCGAGCCGAACCCGAGCUUGCGUGACAGCACCACGGCGGCGACUAUGGAAGUCUCGCGGCGCGGCCGCAGCAAACCUUUUUGCCAUUUCUGUCCAGCAAACCCCCCGUGCGAGCGGCUCUGAAGUGGCGUUCAGGCUCCGGUGCGGCACACUAUGCUCCACCGAACCGAAGCAAAGAAGCGGGACCUGCUUGUGAACUGCUCGCCACUGAGGAUGCUUUUUGGACGGGCGUGGGGAGCGUGAUUGGGACGCGGAUGUUGUCUCCGGAGCCGCCGGAGUCCAUUCGCCGCGCGUCGUGCUUGUGUUUCCCGGACACUUUGUGGCUCUUUUGAACGAAAUCGUCGGAACCCAGCGGACCGGCUCUCCGGGUCUGGCGGCUGCGAUGAACCCGGUGAACGCGACGUCGCUGUACGUGUCUGCGAGCCGCUCGGUGCUGCAGUGCGACCCCCGAGACCCCCGCGCCCUGGCCGAGCUGUGCAAGCUGCUGCCCUUCUUCCGCCAGUCCGUGUCCUGCCUGGUCUGCGGUAACCUGCUGCAGGACCCCGUGGCCCCCACCGACUCGUCGUGUCAGCACUACGUGUGCCGCGGGUGCAAAGGUCAGCGGAUGCAGCUGAAGCCGUCGUGCAGCUGGUGCAAGGACUACUCCCGCUUCCAGGAGAACCGCCAGCUGUCCCUGCUGGUGCGCUGCUACCGGAAGCUCUGCCUGUACAUCACGCACUCGCCGCUCGCCCCCCACAUCGCCGGCGCCGCCGGGGACUCGCCCGACCUGCGGGCCGUCCUCAACGAGGGCCUGCGGCUGGCCGAGAGCGAGACGGGAACGGAGCCCGACGGCGCCGCGCCGGAUGCGGAGGCGCCGCCCGAGGAAGCGCCGCCUCCCGGCGAGGGCGGCGGCGGCGUCAACGGGCUCCACGUUUGCAACGGACUGGCGACCGGCCGGCCAAUGGUCAAGGAGGAAGACUUUUGCGAGGAGAUCCCCGCCGGGGGGGUGGCGGGCCUUUGUGACGUCGGCGGCUUCGGCGAGGAGCUGAAACACGGCGGGGGGCCGCUGUUGUUGAGCGUCGAGGAGGUUCUUCGGACUCUAGACGCGGACCCCGAGCCCGACGACCCCCCCACGCCUCUGUCCGUCAACGGGCCCGUCUGCCCCGCCCUCCCCCUGGAGAGCAGCUGUCACCCCGUCCGCGCUCGCCCGCAGGCCCCCGCCGCGGUCCCGCGAGGACCCCCUCGCUGCCACCGCAAGCGCUCCCGCUCAGAAAGCGACAGCGAGAAGGUGCGGCCUCUCCCCAUAGACAGCCUCCUGCGGGGACCCCCUCCCGACAGCACCCCCCGGUGCCCACGUCUCGACGCCGCCCCUACGUACAACUUCCCCGCCGCCACGCCCCACUACCACCUGGCGCCCGUGCCGAACGGCGGACCCCCCAAGGGGGGAAAGUUCCCGCCGGGGUCCGGGAAGCCCCCGAAGAAGACUGGGGACCACCACGGGGGCGCCAAGAAGGCCAAGGCCAGGGCCCCAAAAUCCCGCUCGCAGCCCCGCGGACCCCCGCACCCUCACGCGCACCCCCUGUGUCACCCGCCCAGCCCCUCCAAGCCGCUGUACAAGAAGCCCGUUGAGAAAAAGGGCUGCAAGUGCGGCCGGGCAACACAGAACCCCUCGGUGCUCACCUGUAGGGGGCAGCGUUGUCCAUGCUAUUCCAACCGCAAGGCGUGCCAGGACUGCAUCUGCCGCGGCUGCCAGAACUCGUACAUGGCGAACGGCGAGAAGAAGCUGGAGGCCUUCGCCGUGCCCGAGAAGGCCCUGGAGCAGACGCGCCUGACGCUGGGCAUCAACCUCACCAGCAUCGCCGCCGCUGCCCUGCGGGGGCCGUCCGGGGCCCCGCCCGGCGCCGCCCUCCUCAACGUGGCCGCCGCCACGGGCUCGCCGGUCGCCACCGCCUUCCUGUCGGCGGCGGGCCACGACAGCCGGGCUUUCGACGACUCGCUGGAGAUGCACUUUGACUGUUGACUCUGCCCCACCCCCGACCCCUCCCGCCUCUCGCUCACAUUCCCCCCGGGUCGCGGUUUUCGGCGUUCGCUCGGUCGCCGCCGCCAUCAUCGUCGCCGUCACUGACUGGCCGUAAUUUAUAGCGACCGAGCGAAUGUUUUGUACGUGAAUCCUCGCGGACGGAAGACAGUUUUUCGGAUCUAUUUUAUGACACGGCAGCACGGUGGUUGUAACGGUUAGCAAGCCCGCCUCGUAUCUCAGAGAUUCUGGGUUCCAAUUUGGACUCCGGACCGCCUGUGUGGAGUUUGCGCCCCCCCCCCCUCCCCCCAUACGUGCUUUAAAAACACGCAUGUUGGUUUAAUUGAAGACCCUAAAUUGGCGUGCGAGGCCACCAUCUUGCGUGCCGAUUCGUGUUUAGGCCCUCCCCGUGUUGUCCCCCCCCCCCCCCCCGACAACUUGCUGCUAACAGGAUGAAGAAGAAGUUGAUUUGUUUUUCAAAACGUGCGUUUACGAGUAUUUAUUGGAGUUCUUCUGAGGGUCUCUUGUCUUAGCGUUUUGUGUCUGGUGUGCCCCCCCCCCCCCCCUUGGCCUCCCCCCACCCCGACGCUUUUUGGUUCACUCGCGUCACCCACCCUAGCAGGGGCAUUCGAAAUACCUGUAAUAUAACUGUAUCAUAUUUCCACAAAAGAAAGAAAAUCAAACCGUCGACCGUUGUCAGCGAGUCUUUGAUGCGCUGCUGUGGUUUGCCCACAGGUGGCGCCGCAGAGCAGUUAAGUCAAUUCAACUUCAAUGAGGAAACAAAAACUACCAAAGUAGGAAUUAGAAAGUCUUUAUUGCACAUUUACAGAUGGAACAUAUUUACAUUCACAUUAUUUACAGCAGGGGAGCCAUUUCUAUUGAUUGUUUACGUUGUUUGUUUGACUUUGUUGACUCUCCACAAAUGUUUGUCAUGCCUUGCAGAUGCCGCACCAAGUGAAGUUCCUCCACUUACUACAACUUAGGUCCUUGCCCUGAAGAGGUCGCUAAAGCAAACCUUUUUUUUUUUUUUUAAUUAUUAGACAUGGCUUUGGCCGGCGGCAAGGUGGAUCAGGUGGGAAAGCGUUGGCCUCACAGUUCUGAGGACCCGGGUUCGUUCCCAGCCCUGCCUGUGUGGCGUUUGCAUGUUGUCCCCGUGCCUGUGUGGGUUUUCUCCGGGGAGCCCGGUUUCCUCCAACAUCCCAAAAACACGCAACAGUAUUUGGACACACUAAAUUGCCCCAAGGUGUGAUUGUGAGUGCGGCCGUUUGUCUCGAUCUGCCCUGCGAUUGCCUGGCGACCA